CUGAGCAGCAGCGCGCCCGCUCCCUGAUUUGGGGAGAAGCGGCCAUCCGGGAGAGCCGACCCCCAGCUGCCUCCAGCGCCCCCCACCUUUUGCACCCCAAGCCAGGGGCUCCAGGGACCCCCCCCCCCCAGGCGCCACCAUGCUGGACCCUUCAUCCAGCGAAGAGGAAUCGGAUGAGAUCUUGGAGGAGGAGAGCAGCAAGGAUGUGCUCAGCUCGGCCGCGUCCAGCGCGCGCCUGUCUCCCAGCCGCACCAGCGAAGGCUCGGGCGGCGGCGCCGGGCUGGGGGUCGGCGGCGGCGCCGGAGCCGGAGCCGGGGCGGGCGCCGGCGGCGGCGGGGGCAGCGGCGCGAGCAGCGGCGGCGGGGCCGGGGGUCUGCAGCCCAGCAGCCGCGCCGGUGGCGGCCGGCCCUCCAGCCCCAGCCCGUCGGUCGCGAGCGAGAAGGAGAAGGAGGAGUUGGAACGGCUGCAGAAAGAGGAGGAGGAGAGGAAGAAGAGGCUGCAGCUCUAUGUGUUCGUGAUGCGGUGCAUCGCCUACCCAUUCAACGCCAAGCAGCCCACCGACAUGGCUCGCCGGCAGCAGAAGAUCAGCAAACAGCAGCUGCAGACAGUCAAGGACCGGUUUCAGGCUUUUCUCAAUGGGGAAACCCAAAUCGUGGCUGACGAAGCCUUUAUGAAUGCUGUCCAGAGUUACUACGAGGUGUUCCUGAAGAGUGACCGCGUGGCCCGCAUGGUGCAGAGUGGAGGCUGCUCCGCCAACGACUCGCGGGAGGUCUUCAAGAAGCACAUCGAGAAGAGGGUGCGCAGCCUGCCCGAGAUCGACGGCCUCAGCAAGGAGACCGUGCUGAGCUCCUGGAUGGCCAAGUUUGAUGCCAUUUACCGUGGGGAAGAGGACCCCAGGAAGCAGCAGGCCCGGAUGACAGCCAGCGCAGCUUCCGAGCUUAUUCUGAGCAAAGAGCAACUCUACGAGAUGUUCCAGAACAUUCUUGGGAUCAAGAAGUUCGAACACCAGCUCUUGUACAAUGCCUGCCAGCUGGACAAUCCAGAUGAGCAAGCAGCCCAGAUCAGACGAGAGCUGGAUGGACGUCUCCAAAUGGCAGACCAAAUAGCCAGGGAACGCAAAUUUCCCAAGUUUGUAUCCAAAGAAAUGGAAAACAUGUACAUUGAAGAGCUGAAGUCAUCCGUCAACCUGCUUAUGGCUAAUUUGGAGAGCAUGCCAGUUUCCAAAGGCGGCGAGUUCAAGCUUCAGAAACUCAAACGCAGCCACAACGCUUCCAUCAUCGACAUGGGUGAGGAGAGUGAGAACCAGCUCUCCAAGUCAGACGUCGUGUUAUCUUUCUCCCUGGAGGUGGUGAUCAUGGAAGUCCAAGGCCUCAAAUCCUUAGCUCCAAAUCGCAUUGUAUAUUGCACGAUGGAGGUGGAAGGAGGAGAGAAACUACAGACCGACCAGGCCGAGGCUUCAAAACCAACCUGGGGCACCCAGGGUGACUUCUCGACGACCCACGCACUGCCCGCUGUGAAGGUGAAGCUGUUCACAGAAAGCACAGGAGUCCUGGCCUUGGAGGACAAGGAACUGGGACGGGUUAUUCUCCAUCCCACCCCCAACAGCCCCAAACAGUCAGAGUGGCACAAAAUGACAGUCUCCAAAAACUGCCCCGAUCAAGACCUCAAAAUCAAACUUGCUGUCCGAAUGGAUAAGCCUCAAAACAUGAAGCAUUCUGGGUAUUUAUGGGCCAUCGGUAAGAAUGUCUGGAAGAGAUGGAAGAAAAGAUUUUUCGUCUUAGUGCAGGUGAGUCAGUACACGUUUGCCAUGUGCAGUUACCGGGAGAAAAAAGCGGAGCCUCAGGAACUUCUCCAACUGGACGGCUACACUGUGGAUUACACGGACCCCCAACCAGGUUUGGAGGGUGGCCGAGCCUUCUUCAACGCAGUCAAAGAAGGAGACACCGUGAUAUUUGCAAGUGAUGAUGAGCAAGAUCGCAUUCUCUGGGUCCAAGCCAUGUACCGGGCUACCGGUCAGUCACACAAGCCUGUGCCCCCAACCCAAGUCCAGAAACUCAACGCCAAGGGAGGGAACGUGCCUCAGCUGGACGCCCCCAUCUCCCAAUUUUACGCAGAUAGAGCUCAAAAACAUGGCAUGGAUGAAUUUAUCUCUUCCAACCCCUGUAACUUUGACCACGCUUCCCUCUUUGAGAUGGUGCAACGUCUUACUUUGGAUCACAGACUUAAUGAUUCCUAUUCUUGCCUGGGCUGGUUCAGUCCUGGCCAGGUGUUUGUACUAGACGAGUAUUGCGCCCGAAAUGGAGUCCGAGGGUGUCACCGACAUCUCUGUUACCUCAGAGAUUUGCUUGAACGGGCAGAAAAUGGCGCCAUGAUUGACCCCACCCUCCUUCACUAUAGCUUUGCCUUCUGUGCAUCCCACGUCCAUGGGAACAGGCCUGAUGGAAUUGGAACUGUGACUGUUGAAGAAAAGGAACGUUUUGAAGAAAUCAAAGAGAGACUCCGAGUUCUGUUGGAAAAUCAGAUUACACAUUUUAGGUAUUGCUUUCCAUUUGGUCGACCUGAAGGUGCUUUGAAAGCUACCCUCUCACUCUUGGAAAGGGUCUUGAUGAAAGAUAUUGUUACCCCAGUACCACAAGAGGAGGUAAAAACAGUCAUCCGUAAAUGUCUAGAGCAGGCUGCUUUAGUCAACUAUUCUCGGCUGUCAGAGUAUGCCAAAAUCGAAGAGAAUCAAAAGGACGCAGAAAAUGUAGGCCGGUUAAUCACUCCUGCCAAAAAGCUGGAAGACACAAUACGUCUUGCUGAACUAGUCAUUGAAGUUCUUCAGCAAAACGAGGAACACCAUGCAGAGCCACAUGUUGAUAAAGGAGAAGCCUUUGCGUGGUGGUCAGACUUGAUGGUGGAACACGCCGAGACGUUCCUGUCACUCUUUGCAGUGGACAUGGAUGCAGCGCUAGAGGUGCAGCCCCCAGACACAUGGGACAGUUUUCCACUGUUUCAGCUGCUGAAUGAUUUUCUCCGGACCGAUUAUAAUUUGUGCAAUGGAAAAUUUCACAAACACCUGCAAGACCUGUUUGCCCCACUUGUGGUUAGAUAUGUGGAUUUGAUGGAGUCCUCAAUUGCACAAUCCAUUCACAGGGGCUUUGAGCGGGAGUCAUGGGAACCAGUCAAGAGUUUAACCAGUAAUCUACCCAAUGUGAACCUACCCAAUGUGAACCUUCCCAAAGUACCAAAUCUACCAGUUAACAUCCCUCUAGGCAUCCCACAAAUGCCUACUUUUUCGGCACCGUCAUGGAUGGCUGCUAUAUAUGAUGCUGAUAAUGGAUCAGGCACUUCUGAAGAUCUGUUCUGGAAACUUGAUGCCCUUCAGACCUUCAUUCGGGACUUGCACUGGCCUGAAGAAGAGUUUGGAAAGCACCUGGAACAACGGCUAAAGCUGAUGGCGAGUGACAUGAUUGAAUCUUGUGUCAAAAGAACCAGGAUUGCAUUUGAAGUUAAGCUGCAAAAAACCAGUCGAUCAACAGAUUUUCGAGUCCCACAGUCAAUAUGCACCAUGUUUAAUGUUAUGGUUGAUGCCAAAGCUCAAUCAACAAAACUUUGCAGCAUGGAAAUGGGCCAAGAGCAUCAAUACCAUUCAAAAAUAGAUGAACUGAUUGAAGAAACUGUUAAAGAAAUGAUAACACUCUUGGUUGCAAAGUUUGUCACAAUCCUGGAAGGAGUGCUGGCAAAAUUAUCCAGAUAUGACGAGGGGACUUUGUUUUCGUCUUUUUUGUCAUUUACCGUGAAGGCAGCUUCCAAAUAUGUGGAUGUACCUAAACCCGGGAUGGACGUGGCCGAUGCCUACGUGACUUUCGUCCGUCACUCUCAGGAUGUCCUUCGUGAUAAGGUCAAUGAGGAGAUGUAUAUAGAAAGGUUAUUUGAUCAAUGGUACAGCAGCUCCAUGAACGUGAUCUGUACCUGGCUGACGGACCGGAUGGACUUACAGCUUCACAUUUAUCAGUUGAAAACACUAAUUAGGAUGGUAAAGAAAACCUAUAGAGAUUUCCGACUGCAAGGAGUCCUGGACUCAACCUUAAACAGCAAGACCUACGAAACCAUCCGGAACCGUCUCACUGUGGAGGAGGCCACAGCGUCCGUGAGCGAGGGCGGGGGUCUGCAGGGGAUCAGCAUGAAGGACAGUGAUGAGGAAGACGAAGAGGAUGAUUAGAACGCUUGGGCCUCGAGUCCACUAGCCAGAGUCUUGUAAUCAAUGCAUGUCCUUAGUCUGUUAGUUAACCCCAUUAUGGAAUUUUCUGUCAACUACCAUGCCAUGAGAUGUGUACUGAUGAUACAACUGCCAUUUUAGCUACGUGGUACCAAGAUUAGCAAACGACCUUCGACUCUACGAUUUCCUGAAUCCAUGUCUAUCUGUUUACAAGCAAUAUGGAGCACCAUUCUUUAAAUACCAUUUAUGGAGAAUACAUAGCUCAGUUGCUAGGUGUACCCCUGUUAUCAGCAGAGUUCAGUGAUGCUUCAUCAGUGUGCUGUGCGCGCGUCGACGGUAAAUGGAUGUGAGGGCGAGUACGCCAGUUACUUUCUUUGUUUCCCGUAUGUGGAUGCCAGUUACUUAAAGGAGUACAAUAAAUGAAUUUAACUAAGACACAUAGAUCUGCUUUGUUUUUUGAAAAACAGAAGGCAAGUCUCCAAUAACCAACUUUCAGUUCUUUCUGUUCCCCUAAAGCUGAAAAAUGAACC